AUGAACUGCGACGCAGUCACUCAGCAAGGAGUCCUCCACAUCGGCAGCGGCGCGGGCGCUGUCACUUGGAUCGUGAAUCCGGAAGACCACAACGAGCUAACUCCGCUGGGGUGCAUUGGUGAAUUGCUGAUCGAGGGACCUAUUGUCGGCCUUGGGUAUCUGGACGACCCGGAGACGACUGCCAAGGCCUUUGUUGACGAUCCGGUUUGGCUGCUGAGAGGGUCGCGCGGCCAGGCCGGACGGCAUGGCCGAGUGUACAAAACUGGCGACCUGGCUCGUUACACCGAAGAGGGAACAAUUGUCUUCAUUGGACGCAAGGAUUCCCAAGUCAAAAUCCGGGGGCAGCGAGUUGAGCUUCAAGAGAUCGAGCACGUCCUCCGCAGCCACGAGCACGUUGAUGGCGCCGCCACCGUCCUGCAGAGCCAUCAGAGUGAGCCUCCACGACUCGUCAGCUUCAUCACGAUCAAGCAACGUCUUUCUGGAUGCCACAUCGAACCGGAACCUGAUAGAGAGGCGCAGCGCAUCAAGAUGUGGGAGACUCAGUUCGAUACAGAAGUAUACUCUUCUUUCGACAAACUGCUCCCUCACAACGUCGGCAGAGACUUCAUUGGAUGGACAUCUAUGCUUGAUGGAACCCAAAUCUCUACUGAGCACAUGAACGAGUGGCUUGACGACACCAUCGAAACAAUACUCGACAGAAGCCGGCCGGCCCACAUCCUCGAGAUAGGAACAGGCUCUGGCAUGAUUCUCUUCAACUUAACCGACGGCCUUCAGAGUUAUGUCGGCCUUGAACCAUCAGCCAACGCUGUUGAUUUUGUUCGCAAGACCGCCCAGCUCAUGCCCUGGCUUGCGGAUAAAGUCAAGAUAUUCCAAGCCACUGCCAUGGACUUGCAUCUUCUGGAUACGCCUGUUGCGCCGAACCUGGUUAUACUCAACUCCGUGGUGCAGUACUUCCCAACUCAAGGCUACCUUCUGAAAACCGUCCAGAGCUUACUCCAGCUGGAGAGCGUUACCACAAUCUUCUUUGGUGACGUCCGAUCGUACUGUUUGCACAGAGAGUUUCUCGCUGCCAGAGCUCUGUACACCAUGGGCUCUGGGGCGCAGAAAGACAUGCUUCAGCGGAUGGUGGAUGACAUGGAGGCAGCAGAAUCAGAGCUGCUCAUUGACCCUGCCUUUUUCACAGCGCUACAAGAUCGUUUUCCGAAUCGGAUUGCACACGUCGAGAUCCUCCCCAAGAGGAUGCGUGCCUCAAACGAGCUUAGCUGCUAUCGGUAUGCCGCCGUGAUUUACCUCAAGGCCAGCAGCUGUACGCAGCAGCAGCUGGAAAUUCACGACAUUGCCCGUGAUGAAUGGGUUGACUUCUCCGCCAGAGGUUUAGACACUGGGCCCGACAGCACACUCAACGUGGUGGCCUAG